AUGCGAAGCUUCCCCCGCAACUGGCCUCUUCUCCCUCAUACCGUUCUUUCGCCUGUUCUCACGCAAAAGUUCCUGUCUUUGUCCGUAAUGAUGAAUCGCUCACUACUUCGGGCUGCUGCGCGGUCCUUGAAGGCUGGUUCCCCAUCUGCGGGUCGGAGGUACGCCUCCUCCGCGGUGUUCAACUGGGAGGAUCCUCUCGUCACUGCAGAACUCCUCACACCGGAAGAAUUGGCGAUCCAAGAAACAGCUCGACAAUAUUGUCAAGACAGAUUACUACCACGAGUCUUAGAGGCCUAUCGCAACGAAGACUAUGACCGCCGGAUCUUGGAAGAAAUGGGCGAGCUAGGCCUCCUUGGCGCUUCGAUUGAAGGCUACGGCUGCGCUGGCGUAAGCACCGUGGCAUCAGGGCUCAUCACCAAGGAAGUGGAGCGAGUGGACAGCGGAUACCGGUCGGGAAUGUCGGUGCAGAGCUCGCUGGCCAUGACGGGUAUCUACGAGUUUGGCAGUGAAGAGCUGAAGGAGCGUCUGCUUCCAGGCCUGGCUUCUGGUAAGCUGUCUGGGUGUUUUGGUCUGACUGAGCCCAAUCACGGCUCUGACCCGGGCUCAAUGGAAACCGUUGCUCGGGAGCACCCAACCCAGAAGGGAGUGUACCUUCUCACAGGCAGCAAGACCUGGAUCACAAACUCGCCCAUUGCGGACCUUGCUCUUGUCUGGGCUAAGUUGGAAUCGACGGGGAAGAUCCGUGGAUUUGUUGUUGAGCGCUCCAAGUGCCCGCCCGGCACGUUCGAGACGCCCGCUCUCAAGAAUAAGACGGGACUGCGUGCCUCAAUCACGGGUAUGAUUCAGAUGGACGAUUGCCCUGUUGGAGUUGAGAACAUGUUCCCCGAGGUCGAGGGCCUCAAGGGCCCAUUUACAUGCCUGAAUAGCGCACGAUUGGGAAUUGCUUUUGGAAGCAUGGGCGCCCUAGAAGACUGCAUCGCUCGAGCUCGGGAAUACAGCCUGGAGCGUAAGCAAUUCAAGGGGAACCCGCUUGCCAAGUACCAGUUGAUUCAGAAGAAGCUGACUGAUGCGGCGACCGAUGCGGCUUAUGGAAAUCUGGCGGCUGUGCAAGUGGCUCGUUUGAAGGAUGCUGGCAAGGCCACACCCGAGAUGAUCUCGAUGAUCAAGCGACAGAACUGUGACCGGGCAUUGAUGAACUCGCGAAUCCUGCAGGAGGUAUUUGGCGGCAACGCCACCAGCGAUGAGUAUCAUAUUGGACGUCAUGUCGCAAAUUUGUUUGUGGUGCAGACAUAUGAGGGUCAGAGCGAUAUCCAUGGUAAGUGCCCAACAGCAUAUGGUACUUGGGCUGAGAGACUAACCGUGCUUUCUUUUUUUUUUUACGCAGCGUUGAUCUUGGGGCGGGCCAUUACUGGAAAACAGGCAUUUGUUUAA